UUUUCAAGAGGCUAGAGCUAUUGCUAAAUUUUCUCCAAAAUCCACAUGCUAUGUGUCAUUUCAUAGGAAUUUCAUAGGAUUUGAAAAGCUUCAAUUCUUUGAAUUAAAGGGCCAAAUAAAAAAAAUUUCUAUAGAAUUUAAAUUCUAUAAAAUUUCUAUAUAAAUCCUGAAAAAUUAAAGCGAGAGAUUAGGCUGAAAGAUCUAGAGAUCCUAGGUCCAAAAGAAGAGAGGGUCGUGACGGUGCCGAGAGCCGUCCUGCCGCCCUGGAAAUUGUGCCUAUGUAAAGUGUAGCCGGCCACACGUUGUUUCUUCCUUUCCUUCACAUCUCACAGCCCCGUCUUGCUGCUUCCAGUCCAGCCCGCUCGCCGUCUCGCCAUUUUGACCAGACCACCUCGCUGCCUCUGCUCUGCUCAGUGCUGCUCACUGCCUCACUCACACUGUCACAGUGCUCUUCUGGGUAUAAGUAGCUGGGCGCGCGGCGUCACCUUCCUUGGCUGCCCGUGAGCUUCCCGCGCGCGCCAUGGCACGGCCUCGUGGGCGUGGGCGAGCUUCUUGGUAGGCGAGGUGUCGCCGGCGAUCGAGUUGUCUCGAGAACUCAGCUAUGAGGACGGCGGCCACGCCGCCUCUCGCCGCCGCCGCCGCCGCCGUCGCGGCAGUGUUCCUCUCUGCGUUGCUGCUCGCCUCCGCCUCCGCCUCCGCCUCCAGGCUCCCUCCUCCUCGCCGUCUUCUUCCCCUGGUUGGUGGCGAGGUGGCGGUGGCGGUGGUGGCUGGGGAGGAGGAGAAGGUGCGGCUGGGGUCGAGCCCGCCGAGCUGCUACAGCAAGUGCUACGGGUGCAGCCCGUGCGUCGCGGUGCAGGUGCCCACCUUGUCCGCCCCGUCCGUCCCCGCCGCCCGCGCCGCGCACGACGCCGCGCCGCUCGUGGCGACGUUCACCAACUACAAGCCGCUAGGGUGGAAGUGCCAGUGCCGCGACCGCCUGUUCGACCCCUGACCCUGAGGCGCGCGCGCCCCGUGGCGCGCCGUGGCGUGGCGUGGCGCGUGCAUGGCGGGGCUCGCGCUCGCGCUCUCGCUGUGAAUUACGGUGUGUGUGGCCGCGUCGCGUGCCCGGCAGCACAUGGCGCUGCACUGCUGCUGAUGCU